GUUCAACUACAUCACCAUCACGACUAUGGUGGUGUUUGGGGUGGAGGUGAUUAUCAACACCCUGGGGAAGCAAGGGUACCUUUUCGGCUUCUUCUUCUUCCUCGACGUCCUCAGCACGGUUACACUGGUGCUGGAUCUCACAUAUGUCUCAGAUACGCUGUUUGGAGACUCCAUCUCAGCAGCACAGCAGCUGUCUGACUUCGAUGGCGCGGGUCCAGUAGUUCAAGGACCAGUGGAUCAGGGCAGCAGUCAGUCGGCCGAUGCAGCCCGGGCUGCCCGCAUGAGUCGGGUGGGCACCAAGGCUGGCCGCGUCGUGCGCCUGCUUCGGCUGGUCCGCCUCAUUCGCUUAAUCAAGUUCUAUCAGAACCGAAGCAAAUCGAGCGCCAAGUAUGCCCAGGACAGUGAGGCAUCUCCUGGAAUGGAUUGGGAGGAGGACGAUGAUGACAUGCAGCAAGAGUCGGCAGUGUCGAAGAAGCUGUCAGAGAUGACCACGCGCAGAGUGGUCAUGCUUGUGCUGAUCAUCAUGCUCUCGCUUCCAUUCUUCCAGCCAGGGAUGUACAACGAAGAUCUGCCCUCUUCCGCACAAUACGGUGCCAACGUACUCUUCCGAAGAUGGCGUGAUGACAUGACCUCAUAUGAGCCUUGGGCCAACGACACUGCUCGUGCGGCUUAUUUCGCUUCGAAGGGCCGCGAGGUCUACGUCGACGACUUCUUCCUGUUCGCCUACUACCACAGCCCUUACACCACCCAGGAAGCGGUGCCGGCGGAGGCCGUGAGUUCGCCUUUGGCGAGCUUCAACCGCCUUUUUUGGGUGGGUGCACACCCGGACAACGAGACGCUGGGUCAGUUCUUCUUGCCAUCCUUUGAAGGACGAGGCACUGCUGCUGGCCAGGCGCAGGCCUACGAUCCGAAUGAGCGCUGGGGUGGCGCUGACUGGCUUUAUUACCAAGGCAAUCUGAGCUCCGAUCCCGUUGGGCUGCUUUACUCGCCCUGGGCCAGCGCCCAGAGUUGCAUCAAGGGCUACAUGCGCGGAGUCUCGUUGGUGGCGGACAUGCCUUGUCCGGACGUCCUGCGCUACAACGAGCGCACGGUCAUCGUUCCCAUGACGGCAACUGCGGCAGAGUACGAAGAUCUACACUUCAUCUUCGUCUUCGACCGCAGGACCGGGACGUGGCUCGAGGCUAUUCUGAACACUGCGCAGACGUGCUUCAUUUGCUUCCUGCUGGGCUUUGGAGCCAUGACUUUCUCCCAGGAUGCCAAUCGGCUCGUCCUGACCCCCAUCGAGCGGAUGAUCUCGAAGUUGGACAAGAUCCGGAACAACCCCCUAGAAGCCAUGACGAUCGGAGACGAAGAGCACCACCGGGAGCAGGUGCGUGCUCUAAAACGAGGACAGCAGCAAGGUCCAGCGGACCAGGACUUCGAGGCAACGCGGAAGAAGCUUUGCAGCCGGUGCUGUGCUGCCAUCUGGAGAUGCAUCAGGCGACGAGGUUCCUCUCCCAAGCCCAUCCCCGAGCCCAUGGAGACCGUGGUCCUGGAGAAGACCAUCAUUAAGAUCGGCUCACUCCUGGCCCUUGGUUUCGGUGAGGCGGGUGCAGAGAUUAUUGGCCAAAACAUGCGCGGUGGGGAUUCAGCAGCUUUGAAUGCCAUGAUCCCUGGCAGGCGUGUGGAGGCUAUUUUCGGCUUCUGCGACAUCCGCAACUUCACGGAUGCCACCGAAGUCCUUCAGGAUCAGGUGAUGGUCUUUGUGAACCGGAUCGCCUCAGUCAUCCACUCUUGCGUCAACGAGUUCUUCGGCAAUCCGAACAAGAACAUCGGCGAGGCCUUUCUUCUGACCUGGCGGCUCUCCGGCUACCCUCCUGCGAAGCAGAAGAAGCUGGCCGACAUGUCGCUGAUCUCGUUCAUCAAGAUUAUCGCGCAGAUUAACAAGUCGCCUCUGCUAGCGGAGUAUCGCAACCAUCCAAAGCUCGCGAAGAGGCUUCCCAACUAUCGAGUCCGGAUGGGAUUCGGAUUGCACAGUGGCUGGGCUAUCGAGGGAGCGAUCGGGUCCGAAUUCAAGAUCGACGCCUCCUACCUCAGUCCGAACGUCAACAUGGCGGCGCGACUGGAGGCGGUGACGAAGCAGUACGGAUGUCUGAUCCUCAUGACAGAUGCCAUAAUCAAGCUCAUGUCGGAGGAGGUUUCCGAGGAAUGCCGUGUGAUCGACCAUGUGAGGCUUUUCGAAAGCAAGGAGCCUUUCAAGCUGUACACCUAUGACCUGAACGACCUUGCACUGGAAGUGGAGCAUGUCGCCCCUCCAGCUCCCGUGCAAGGAACUUUGUCUCGGGACACGCACCCCCGAGAGAACCCACGGGAGGGGCACAGCCACAAGAAGGACAAAUUCAGGCUGCGGCAUGAGCGAGAGAAGCUCAAAGCAGAACGCUGGAGUGAUGAGUUCAUGAUGCAUUCCGUGUUCAGCAUUGACACGGACAUCAUCACGAUGCGCAGCAAGUUUACAUCAGAGUUUUUCUGUCGCUUCAACAUGGCAUACCUGAACUAUGAGGCUGGUGAAUGGGGCGUUGCCAAGGACAUGCUCGAGGUCACGCGCUUCUUGUUGGCCACAGAAGACGGCCCAUCUGCUGCCCUUCUGAGGUACAUGAAGCAAUACGACUGGGAGGCGCCUGGUGGCUGGACGGG